AUGGAGAAGGUACAAGGAACCAUCUCUCUGCAGCUGUUCUUCGGCAGAGCGAAGGCAGAUGCACUGCUCGUGGCUAAGCUCAAACAGGCAAGAUACGAUGCCGAAGCAUACAGUGCCUUGGACUGGUCUCCCAGCCCCGGGGGGCUGGCGGCAGCCUCGCGGAAGCUGGCGCAGUACACGCACCCUGUCAGGCUAUUUUGGCCCAAAUCGAGGUGCUAUGAUUACUUAUAUCAGGAAGCUGAAGCACUUCUGAAAAACUUUCCAGUUCAAGCUACAAUUUCCUUUUAUGAAGACUCAGAUAGCGAAGAGGAUGAUGAUGAUGAACUUGAACAAGAUUCAAGAACAGAUUCAGAUUGCUGAUUGCAGGAAAGUCCAAGGCUACUUCCAAGACAUUUUAAUUUAAACAAAAUAUAAAGUGUAUUAUAGUAUUUUUUACAGAUAAUUUAUUUGUAUGUAAGUUAUUCUUAA